AUGAAAGUAUGUGAAAGACAGAGGCGUAUAAAUCAGUGUGAAAGGAAAAUUAAGUGGUGGAGAUUAAAGGACAAAAAUUUGAGAGAGGAGUUUAGUGAAAAAGUACUGGGAAAGGUAAAAUUGACAGAGAGUGUGCAGGAGUGGUGGAAAAUAAAUAGUGCUGUUAUAAGGAAGACUAGGGACGAAGUGUUUGGAUUAACAUCUGGGAGAGGGAUGCCAAAAGAUAAGGAUGUAUGGUGGUGGAAUGAAGAGGUGCAGAAGGUUGUGAAGGAAAAGAAAGACGCUAAGAGGAAGUGGGAUAUGUCUGGAAGUGCUGAGGAUGGGCAAGCAUACAAAAGUGCAAAGAAGGAGGCAAGACGAGCCGUGGCUAAAGCUAAAGCUGAAUCAGUAUGGGAGGCAUACGAACAACUGCAGAAAAAUCAGGGUAUGAGACAAUUGAUAUGGAUAGGCAAAUCAAGAGGUAAAGCUUCUAAGGAUCUAACAGCAAUAAAACAAAUGAAAGAUGAAACAGGAAUAAUUCUGCAUGACCAUGGAAAAAUAAUCCAAACGUGGUUGAAUUAUUUUGAGAAAUUGCUGAAUGAAGAAAAUGUAAAAGUGAAAACUGAGGAAGGAGGGCAAACGAAGGAUUAA